AACCCUUCCCAAAGAUACAUGUGCACGACGAUACCGACUCGUUUAACCUGGCCCUGCUCCAAGAAACAGCAAUACACAGUACUAUUAGUGGGUUCUCUACGGAUACCAUCUUCUAUAGAGAAAUCAAAACCUGAUAAAGCCAUGAUAAACAGCGAAGCCAAGGGAGGCAUAUCGGAUAGGCUGUCACAGCUCGAGGACUUGUACUUCCCUCGCGCGGUACAAUCCUCCGCAGCCACACCCUCCCAACGCAAAUCCCUCCUCCUUGACCUCCUUUCUCGCGACGUCGCUGUUUUCUUAGAGCGGUAUGGAUCAAAAUUAUCCCUUGAGGAACUCAAAGAAUUUGAUGUGUUGAAAGAUGAUUACGAAAUCAAUUGGCAUUUAAAUCGUCUAAGGAGUGUCAUCAGUCCGACUGAGGAGGAAAAGAAGUCAAAGUCUGCAAAGAUCAGGAAUCGGAGGCUGGCAUAUAUGGAUAACUUAGUAGCAGGUGGGCAGUACUUUUCCGAGGAUGCAAUGAGGGAGAGAGAGCCCUAUUUGCAUCAUGAGUACGUGGGUAAAUUCCAGGACCUGAGUGGGAGAAGCAUGGCGAGGCCUGGAGAGCGGUGGUCGGAGACUCUGAUGAGGCGAUCUGAGGAGGCCAUUUUAGUGGAGAAAAUUAGGGUGGAACAGCAACGUUUGGGUGUGGCUCAGAGUGAUUGGGUUGGAAAUGAAAGAGAAUGGCAAGAAGAGGAGGAGGAGGAGGAGGAGGAGGAGGAAGAGGAGGAGGAAGAAGAAGAAGAAGAAGAAGAAGGUGGAGGAAAGGAGGAGAUUGAGAAGGAAAAUUUGACAGUUGGCCUCGGUACUAAAACCUCUAGGAGCCUUGAGUUACACUCGAAUCAUGGUGUGCACAACAAUGGGCAAUCUACAACCCCAGAACCCAUCGAGGAAGAUAGUUUGUCACCUGAGGAGAUGAAAGAUCGGAUGGAGCAGUUCACCUAUAUCAUGCAGCAGAAGUUUUUGGCAGGGGAUGAUCAUCAGCAUCUGGACUACUCCAAAAUUGACCAGGAUGAGACCUUAGACGAUCACUGGAUGAAAGAAGUAAAUCAUGAUGCUGAAGAAAAAUACUUUGAUGAUGUCUGAGAAGAAUAGCUGCUACACAACUUGCUGGUGUUUUUCUUUAUGCUUUCAUAUUAUCAAGCCGGUAGAAUUCACUUCUUGUAAUUAUGUAGGUCUUGUUUUUGCUAUAUUCUCUCUUUAAGAACAAUCACUGCUUGUGUCAUUUUGUUCCUAUUAUGAAUUGAGAAGCGUAUCCUUCUAUGAACACACUGAAUGCUAAGCCUCAGUUUGGAAAGAA